UUGUUAUUUACGACCGGAGAAAAAUAGAGAUAAUUUAACUGCCCCAUUUAGAUGGGGAAGGAGAAAGAAGAAGGUUUAGGAAAUAAUAACAUUGAGGAUGUCAAUUGGCUUUGUUCACUCUCUGAAUCCGAACUUGAUUUAUUGAUUAGCUUAAAGAAACUAGCUUUGAAACGUGCGAGUGCAUUUGGGCAUGUCCAAUUGGCGCAAAAGUUCGAUUUGAAGAUGCUUCGAGCCCUCGGCUUCGUUUUGAUGGAAUGUCUGAGACAAAAGGUUGAGCACUUGUCGCUUAUUCCUGGGAUGGACGAGUCUGCUGCAUUUCUUGAUUCUUCAAAUUUACUAAAAUGUAAGCUUGGUGAGGUGAUGAGCAUUGAAGAGGUAAAUGAAAGUAUUGCAUUUACAACAAGGAAGGAAUUUGUGAAAAGACUGCGGGGAAAAGAUGCUAUAGUUAGAAGUAAUAAGAGACUUAAAGUGAAACAUGAAGAAGAAGAAGAAGAAGAAACAGAGGGAUAGCAGUAGAAGAUGAUAACAAUACAUGGCAGUACUGAUGGGAUUGAUGAUUCAGCAACACUCUUAUACAGAUGAUUAUUAUCUACCAUCUCCAUUCUACGAUAAGAAGUUUUGCAACUUCAUCCUGUAGUAAAACAGAAGCGAGAUUCGAAUAGUAUAUAGUGAGGGAUUCAUUCAGGGAAAACAACGU